AAAUUGUCAUAUUAUCAUGAUAUGUUUAAAUUAUAAUAAUAUUAUUAAACGUUUCUCUCCAUCUAUCUCGUGUAUCAAUCUUAAAAUUUUCUUAGUCCGUCCCUGUUUUGCGGAUGGUUCGGUAAUGCCUUUUAUGGCGGGUAAGGUGCUAUGCGAUUGUUACCCUUAAUAUAAAUAUUUUGUCGUACUGUAAGGGAUAGUGAAUGACCAUUGUUCAAUUAUGGUGGCGGCAUGGUAUUGCCGUAAGGAAUAUGUCCGCAUAUUGAGUAAUCCCGAAUUUUGGUUCAUAAAAUUUAUAUUUUUUUAAGCCUUUGCUACCGUUUGGGAAUACCGUUUAUUUUUAAAAUAGAAUAUUUCGGAAAUGGAGCGAUUGCGGCUAUUGCAUGUAAUUGUACCCGGCGUCGUAAGCUUUAGAAUUUUUGUACCCAUCCCCUCCGAAAUUAUUCUUUCCUUUCCGGGGUCGUCCGUAUAUAAAAAAAUGAAAUUCUUAAAGUUCUUCAUUUCGAAAUAUUUCUCGUUUUACUCAGUUCCAAGUGUUCGUAACUUUGUGUGCAAAUAAUUUUCGUAAGUAUAAUUUUAAAACUUGUAAAAUAAAAUUAUAUAUCUAACAUUAUGUCGAUUUAAUAUUAGAAAUUAUUUUAACCAUCAGUUUUUCAUUAUUAUAAUUUCAUUCAGGAAUAUGGGUAGUGUAAGAGCGUUCGACGAAUUCCUGCACGAUAUAAACAGUGAUGGGCGGUUACCCCGCGAAAUCAUUAAGUUGUUCUCCAGUGGGAAGAUGGUGUAUAAGGAUAGGGUGGCACUAUCCGUGUUCUGCUUGCAGAAUCACCUCCAACCAUUGGAUGUGUGGGGUGCGAUACGGGGGGUGAAUACCAAUUGCACCCAAGUGAGGAGAAAAUCUUUGUUGUCUAUUUAUUAUUCCAUUAAGGGUUCGAAGGCCACUUAUGCCCAUCAUACGGCAUACGACUUAUAUUCUGGCCAAUAUCUCAAUCUUCUCAAACAAAGGGGGCAAUUCGUGCCCCCAAUGAAUGGUCAUUUCACCGUUCGAGAAAAACCUCCCGUAUCCGCUCCCAAGACCCCCACACCAAAGCCUCCAACGGAAAAAAUUCCGGAGUUAAAGGAGGAAUCUUCCUUAAAAUCAUCUUCCCAGGAGCAACAGGCGGAGAUCGAAGAAUUUAUGAUUCUGAUGGGGGACUCCAUUUAUGAGGAGGCAAUUCCUAGUACCCCUAGUAAGAGGAGGAGGUCUUCGUCGUCAGAAGAUAGCGGCGGGAAUUAACAGAGAGGGUUGUCUAGGGCAUGCUGAGGAUGGCGGCGCGUAGGAGAGUUUGUUUCAAUUGUUGUACGGACGAGGAUAUAGGAUUCCACAUGUAUAAAUAUUUUAAUACCCGUCAUAGGGGGAAGACUUUUAUAAGAAUUGUCUUAUUGUUAAUUAACCAGCUGAUCAUUUCCGGACUUACUGAUAGAGAGGAUGUUUAUAAAAUUUUUAAUUGCCAGUCGAAUGUGAAAUGUGUACUCACUUCCUUAGGAUCCUUUCAGGAGAGUUUCAAAAGUUCUAAAAUUCAGAAAUAUAAAUAUUUCGUUCUCACACAUAUAGAUUUCCUCUUUGAAAUGGCCAGUCAGUACGAAUCCUUUGAUUCGUAUCUAGUCAAUAUGAACGACAUGGAAAUUGGCUCUGUCGAGUUCGAAAAAUUAUUU